CGUGCGCACGUACGCUUGUGAACCGACAAUAAUCGUUCGAUAUUUUAAAUAAACACUGUGUGAUAUUUUUUGUGAGUGAUUCGAAAUUGGAAUAUUUAUUUUUAGUAAAGUUUUUGUGGUGUUGGUCAUUAAGUGAUUAAGUGAAGUGUAUUAUUUGAUAUAAUUAGUGAUAAGAAAAAUGGUGCGUACAUACAAAGUAGUCAGUUGUUUCAAAAUGCCUAAGAGAUCGAAAGUGGUGCCCGCUCCGAGUGGGGAGGGUGUGUUUACCAUCGACAUGUCAUCGACCUCAACAUUGGACAUCGCUGCUGUAUCAGAGCAACGUGUACCGGAGCCAGUUGAGAUGCAGGCCCGCCAAGGCCUCCUAUGGCAUCUACUUAUAGACCUACCCAUACUAUUGCUUGUGGCAGCAGUUUGCAUCCUAUUAGAAGUAGGAGCGUUACCAAGCAGGCGAAGCGGGUUCCGAUGCAACGAUCCGGACCUCUCUUUCCCGCACACUGGAGACACUAUCUCUAUCUCUCUCAUAGCAGCUAUCACUGUCAUCGUUCCAUAUCUAAUUCUGUGGACCAUUGAGACGAUCCUGCACAGAGACGAUGAGUAUACUAUCAAGAAAAAUAAACUACAAGCCAGCGCUCGCACCGCUGCUUUUAUAUACAGAGACUAUAUUUACGGAGCAGUGGUCAACUUAAUGGUACUCGAGGUGGUCAAAUGUGUGGUGGGCUCGCCGCGACCCACCUUCUUCGAUUUAUGCGAACCGGAUAAAGCUAGAACGUGUAAUGGGUCAGAGUAUAUAAGCAGUUACACCUGCACAUCUACGAGAUACUCGCGGUACUUACAAAUCGACUCCAUUAGGAGCUUCCCUUCUGGACACACAUCUCUUUCUGUUUAUUGUGGAUUAUUCUUAGCGUGGUAUCUCCAAAGACGAGCAUUCAGCUGGCACAAUCGCACAGUCCUGUUGGUACCACUCGUUCAAAUCCUCUGUAUGAUAUACGCAGUGGUAUGCCCGCUCACAAGAAUCACUGACCACCGACAUCAUUGGUGGGACGUGCUUGCGGGCGCGAUCGUGGGAAUAUUCAGUGUUGUAUAUACGGUCCUAGUUCUUUGUAAGAACUUUUCCCAGCCAGCUGUUGUCAGCACGAGUGAUAUAUCCAGCAGUGACGGUAACAACCACCAAUCAGUACGAAGGCUGCUCUCCAGUCAGACCAGGGUCGUGGUCCCUUAGCCGCAGGCUGUUUAAGGUCUGGACAGACCUUUCAACUUCAUUGGGAAUCGAUUUCGACGUUAUCCCAAAACAUGGACACUAUAUGGAAGAAUGUUAGAUUCUUUUGCAGUGAUCUUUAGUCAGUUUCCAUCUGGUGAUUAGCUAAUGUGAUUGUGAUGAGGCGAGGGUCUAGUUGAUUACGAAAUAAGAUCCAUUUGAAUUGUGUUUGAUUUGAUCAAAAUUAUGUAAAUUUUAACAUUGACAAAAUAUGGUGUAUUUUUGAGGUUAGGACAUUUUUAAAUCUAAUUAUGAUUUAAGAAUCUAUAGACAUACAAUUCUAUAUUAAACGUAGAUAAAUUAGAUUGCUCAAAGUCAUUGUAUCAUUCUUACGUAUUUAAAUGUUUAUUGAUAGUAGUAAUUUGUAUGAUCUAUAAAUAUUAGGCAGAAUGAAUACGUACCUAUGUGCGAUUUCAAUGAUUUCGUAAUAGCCGACUUUCAUAAAUAAUUAUAAAUAUUAUUUAUAAUAAAUAGGCGUUUUAAUCAUAUCGCCAGUUACAUAUGUAAAUAAUUAGAAAUUAAUCAAUUACUUUGACGUAUCUUAGUAGAACUGAUUUUAAAUAUUAUAAUGAAAAAUAAGACAUUUUCAAAUCAUACAUAUUUAGUAUAUAAAGUUAUACUUAAUAUGUGCGAACAUUUUAUAUUAGAAAAAUAAAACAUGUAAAACAGACAAGUGAAUAAAAUCUUUUUUAUAUAAGUAUAUAUUUUUAGUCUGAUAGGACAUCAUAGAAAAUACUCAUUUUGAUUUCAGCAGUGGACAUAAAAUCAAUAAUCCUGUUUUAUUAAUCGAUUUCAUUUUUUUUAAAUUAAUUUGUGUCAUGUAUGUUUUUAAUGAAAAUAAAACAAAUCAAACUUUAUCAUAUUAUAAAAUAACAAUCGGAAUAUUUAAGGCUAUAUUAUAAAUAGCAGUCAUCUUUCGCACCAAAUCUUAACUUUUUUUUUUAAAACAGGCAAUGGUUUUGCUUGUUUGGUCAGACUACAAUAAAAAAAAAAAAAAUUAUUUCCCAGUGACAAAUUUCGUAUAAAUCAUUUUAUACGAAAUAUUGAUAGUUAAUAUUUAAUAAAAAUAUUUAAAUUAUAUCAAUUUAAAUAUUUAUCAUUUAAAUAGGGGCUUUAAUCUAAAAAAAAAUAUUAAUUAGUAGCAUUUAUCAAAUGCUGUAAAUUAAUAACUUUUAAUGUUUAAUAAGCCCCAGUUAUGUAAUGAUUUGUGAAUGUAAAUAUUAAGUUAUUUAUUACCAAAUGAAAGUAUUUAAUGUGUAGUACCUGCUAGUCGUAAGAUAUUACAAGAUUGUUUUUUAUUUUGCUAUAAUUAAUAGUAAUUUAAUUCCAUAACCCACCUUCAUAGAUUGUUAAUUAAGGGGUAAAAAGGUAUAGAUAAAAAAAGUUAGAUAUAAUAUUGCUUGCUUAUACAUACGUAAUGACAUUAUAAAAAAAGAGAAGGAUAAAUAAGGAAACUACAAUCGAAAUUGUAGAUUAGUAUGUUAUCCUGGAGUACUAAAUUGAAAUUCAUCGUCUUUAUUUUUUAUAUUGUUUAUUGUUAUUAUUAUUUGGAAUGUUGAACUUUAAAAAUUAAGAUUUCAAGUGUAGAAAAGUAUAGCAUCUACUUAGAAGUCAUACACUCGGUCAAUAAAUUAUGCCAUUUCUAAUACGGAAUUAAUCUGUGCUAUUAAUACUGUAAAUAUAAGGCAUACAAUGUAUAUUGCUUCUGUAUUACAACAAUCAAUUUAAUGUUAUUUUUUAAAAAGUUUUUAAAAUAUAAAAACUUUUUGGUUCUAAUAGUAUCAAAUGCGCAGUAGCUUAAUAGCAUUAGAUAAUAUUAAAUCUUUUGUAAAUAUUUCUUCGGAACAUUCCUUUGCAUUUAGUGUGUGUUUAAAAUUGUAAAUAUUAUAAAGUAGUGCGUGUAUGUCUGUGUGUAUAUUGAUUUCAAUAAAUGUCUAGAUAAAAUUA